CACGGACAUUGAAAUCAUUGACUUACAACUUUCAACACGGAAGUACAAUGCUUUAUUUCGUGCCAUUCUAUUACCAGUAAUACUGAUGAUUGCAGAUGUAUUAGUUAGUUAAUUUAUGUUUAUGUAAAUCAGACUAUGUCAUUGAAGAUGGCAUCCUCAGCAUCUGUUAAACCCGUUGUUGCUGCCAUCGAUUUCGGAACCACGUUUUCUGGAUAAUUUUUUAUGCUUACUCUAGUAAAGACGAUUAUGACAAAUACCUUCAAAGGAAAACGGAACAACCGAAAAUAAAUUGUCCUGCAUGGUCGGCUGGUGGAUGGAUGACCUACAAAGCACCAACUUGUGUGUUAUUUCGUCCAAACCAAAAGUUCCAAAGUUUCGGAUACGAGGCACGUGAUUAUUACAAGAAUAACCCUAAUAAAGAAGAUUUAACCAAAUGGUUUUAUUUUGAACACUUCAAGAUGAUGUUAUACAAAGAGAAGGACGAAUUGUCGAAAGAUACAUGGCUUGUAGAAUCUAUCAAUGUAGAAGGUAAUUCGGCCAAGAAAAUGAAAGCAGUCGAUGUUUUUGCAGCCGUUAUUGAGUUCUUCAAAGGACACUUUCUUAAAGCUUUACAAGUGAGUCACGGAGAUUGUGUUAUUAAUCAGACUGGAGGUCUAGGUGACAGCUCUUCCAAGACAAAAACUAGAAAAUUCUGUAAUGAUGAUGUUCACUGGGUACUCACCGUACCGGCUAUUUUGGACCUAAAAGCAAAACAGUUCAUGCGCGAUGCUGCUGAAAAGGCAGGAAUUUCCACUGACCAACUGUCACUUGCUUUGGAACCAGAGGCUGCUUCUAUACACUGUAGACAACAGCCAGUCGGCGUAGAACAAACAGGGGGUUACAAAGCUAUUGCUAGUAUGAAGGAAGGCGAUAAAUAUAUUGUGUUUGAUCAAGGAGGUGGAACAACAGACAUUACAGUUCAUGAAGUUAAAGGGCCAAAUUCAGUUAAAGAGAUUCACCAAGCAUGCGGAGGACAUUGGGGUGGGAUCACAGUGAACGGAGAGUUUUACAAGUUUCUAGUUAGACUACUGGGCGGUUUUGUUAUUAAUGACGUAAAGAAGCAUCACUCAGACGCUUACUUCGAGCUGAUGUACAAUUUUGAACAUGCCAAAAUAUGUUUUAAGGAGGACACCGAUAAAACAACUAUUCGAAUUCCCGUUGCAUGGCUUGAAACAUACAAGAAAAGUACAAGGCAGGAAUUGAUAGACGUCAUACCGCAAACAAAUUUUAAAAACCAGAUUGAACUUAAACACGGCAAAAUGAGAAUCAACCACAACCCUUUUGCGCUCUUUCUUUGACUAUUCAAUAAGUAAUGCAACAAAUGAACUUGAUAAAUUAUUAAAAAAACAAGAGCUGUCCGGUGUUCAUACAUUAUUAGCAGUGGGAGGGUUUUCAGAGUCGUCUGUUUUAAUAGAUGCCGUUAAACAAAAACUUGGUAAAAAGGUAGAUGUUAUUGUUCCAAGUGACCCCGGAUUGGCUGUUCUUAAAGGAGCAGUUAUGUUUGGAUUUGAACCAGGAACAAUUGAGUCACGUGUUUCUAGAUAUACAUACGGUGUAGCAAUGCAAAGAAACUAUAUAGAUGGCGUUGACGAUAUGUUAAUGCGUCCUACUUUUGGCAGUCUUAUUGAUGAUGUUUUCGAUAUUCAUGUUAGGAAAGGACAAGUGGUAGAAAUUGGACAUUUUGAACCAGAGCAUACCUACUUCCCUGUUGUAAAUGAGCAAAAAUGUGCUCACUUCGAAUUUUUUGCAUCAGAAGAAGAGGACCCUAAAUAUACAACAGAAAAAGGUUGUAAUAUGUUAGGGGUACUCAGUGUUGAUCUUACAAGAAAGGAUUCAAAAGAUGGAGAGCUUUCAUUGAAAAUUAAUGCUAGUGGCACCGAAAUUGUAGCAGUUGUAAUAGAAAAGGCUACCAAAAAUGAAUACAGAGCUUACUUUUGUUUAUUUUAGCUUUUAUUAAAUAAUUCUUCCCAGAGUACUCAUUUUUCUAUGAACCAAAAACUUGGUAUAUGGCAUUGAACCAGCAGUCA